GCGCGCAAUCGUCCCAGAACGCUAACGUGCGCCACCAUAGCCUGCUUUAAAGAUAGCAUUUCGAUGGCCGUUUGUUGGGUGAUUCUGGCCCAUGAGAAGACAGACGCUGCUUAGCCAUGUCUUGUGCACUCUGCAACACCUGCUUCUCCACACCUUCUCUUUCUGCUCUAUCCUCCAAAACCCAGUCUAAUGGGACCCACCAAUUGGUAAUGCAUCCGAGAAGUUCAUCUUUCGACAGAGUUUCAAGUCAAGCAGCAUUGAGGACAGCGAUGAAAUGUCUGAGGUCCAGCUUGAUUAAUGUCAGAUUUAUUAUGAACACAAAAGAUGAAAAUCAUCGGCCAAGCUCAAGUAGGCGUCGUUGUGGGCCCAUUUCUUGCAUCCAUAUGACGAUAUCUGGUUAUUGGGUGGGGCCCGAUUUUGAAGACGGGUGGGGGUAUGUGGAGGCUUCUGUGAAUCAAGUCGUGAUGUUGCAGUUGUAAAUCUAUAUGAGCAUUGCAUUCAGUUUCUUUUCAAACUUUGCUGUUUUGGCAUUCAUUAACCAUGAUGCUACAAGAGGAGUUAGGUGUUUGGGAGCA